AUGUCGACAGCACCAGAAUGGACAAGGCAGGCUGUCAUACCAGCAACGAUUACCCCCAGCGACGAAUCAUCCGCUGUCUGUUUCUUCCUCACCUCGAUUGCGGGCUUGGGACGCAGCUUUCACUCGACCCAGGGCUUCCUGGAGCCUCUUUUCCCUGUCGUGGCCAAGGAGCAUCCGGAUUCUGUCCUCUCCACCGUCCUGACCGCCGUGUCGACGAAGCUCUGGAGUUUGUGGAAAACCCCAGCAAACAGCUAUCGAACGCCUCAUCCUCCGUUUACCAGGGCGUUGAGUCGCAUGCAAACAGCUCUCAAUGAUCCCCUCGAGCGCUCAAAGGACAGUACCGUCCUCGGCGCUAUCUUGAUGCAUUUCUACGAGAGCCUCGCUGCUCGAUCGACGCACCAGCGUACCAUGCGCGCCCACCAGGAUGGGGCUCGUGCAUUGCUCGAACAUGGCGCCGGGAGCGUCCCGGACUCGGAUUGCCGAGCAUACUUGAGGAGCUACCUGCGGCACUGUGAUGUGUCGACAUAUAUGGAAGUGCAACCGGACGACACCUCGGGCCUGGAUGUAUGGUUCGAUGCGGGGUGGGACGAUUCUAUGCCAGCUAACCCGAGUACAGUCUUGGACAUGAUCGGGCUCUCGAUUGCCGAUUUGCAAAAGAGACUAUCCAUCCUCAUAUGCGGGCUGGCCAAGAAUAACCUGGAUGGUCUGGCCCUCGCGACUUGGUGGCAGGACGCUUCGUCCGUUGACGCACAACUCUUGGAUUGGGUUCAGUUGGUGCCGGCCUCAUGGCAGAUAUAUACAAAACCCGAAGAAGACACCUUUGCUUACUUCGGGUUCUGCGAUAUAUACCCGACCGUCCAGAUUGCCACGAUCUGGAAUGUAUGGCGCGUUUGCCGGCUCAUGGUCCUGCGGAUGGAGCUCUGUCUGCUUGCGAAAGCGCCCCCCGAGGCGCUGCAGCGAACCAUCUUGACUGCUACCAAGGAGUACAGUUUCCCAGAUCCCGAUCGCGGCAGGGAGUUGGUGGACUCCAUCUGCCGGUCUAUGCCGUUUUACCUGGGCAACCGCCAAAAUCACGGAGGCAUGCGCGACUUGGCGGACCCAGCGAUCAGAAUCCCCAACUACCACGACCAGGACUUGGACGAAGCCGUGCGUACGCAGUAUCUCCGAGGGGAUCAGGCGAUGAGUCUCCUCGAUUACAAGCGACAUAUACUGGUUCAAGGCCCUUCGCACGCACUGCUUCACUUGAAUAGCCUGAUCAAAGUGCUGUCAAAGGAGGGCGGAGAGCUCAUCUGUCGUGGGCUGCGUGGGGAUCAAGUCGUCUGGAUACGGGAACAGUUUCACAGGGUCUGUGAACUUACUGACCCGGUCAGUCGGUUUAAUUGGUAG